AUGGCUACUACCCUAGUUGGCCAAUCUGCCCUUGGGUCACAAUUUGAUGAGAAGAAUGUGCACAAUCAUGUCACUAAGGAUACAAACGACGUUACGUUGAACGGCGUGUCACAUAAUGGAUUUACAGCACCAGAAAUUAAUUCAUUUGGCCACUCUUUUAGGGCUUAUGAUGCUGAAAGUGAAAGACAAAAAGGUGUAGAAGAAUUCUAUAGAUUGCAGCACAUAAACCAAACAUAUGACUUUGUGAAGAAAAUGAGGGAGAACUAUGAAAAAUUGAAUAGAGCAGAAAUGAGCAUAUGGGAAUGUUGUGAGCUGCUAAAUCAAGUAGUGGACGAUAGUGAUCCUGAUUUGGAUGAACCUCAAAUUCAACAUUUGUUGCAAUCUGCUGAAGCCAUUAGAAAAGACUAUCCUAAUGAAGAUUGGUUGCAUUUGACCGCACUCAUUCAUGAUCUUGGAAAGAUUCUUCUUCUUCCUCAAUUCGGAGAGCUUCCUCAAUGGGCGGUUGUUGGAGAUACAUUUCCUGUUGGUUGUGCUUUUGACGAAGCAAACAUUCACCACAAGUUUUUUAAGGAGAACCCAGAUAUAAAAAACCCUGCUUAUAACACUAAAGAUGGAAUCUACACCAAUGGAUGUGGACUUGAAAAUGUAAUGAUGUCAUGGGGACAUGAUGACUAUAUGUAUUUGGUUGCUAAGGAAAAUGGUUGCACUCUACUUUCAGCAGGAUUAUUCAUCAUUAGAUAUCAUUCUUUCUAUCCUUUACAUAAGGAAGGUGCAUACUCUCAUCUCAUGAAUGAUGAAGAUCGUGAGAACCUAAAAUGGCUCCAUAUUUUUAACAAAUAUGAUCUGUAUAGCAAGAGUAAAGUGUUAGUUGACGUUGAAAAAGUUAAGCCAUACUAUCAAUCCCUCAUUGAGAAGUAUUUUCCGGCAAAGCUUAAAUGGUGA